UCCUAAAAUGCAGAAUUUUCUAUUGCAGGUUUCAUGCAAAUUUUUCUCUAAAUUUAACUGACAUAAUGCCUAAUAUUAAGCUUCAGAGUUCUGAUGGUGAAAUUUUUGAAGUUGACGUUGAAAUUGCUAAGGCAUCUGUGACCAUCAAAACUAUGCUGGAAGAUUUGGGAAUGGAUGAUGAUGAACAGGAAGUUGUGCCAUUACCAAAUGUCAAUUCUGCCAUCCUGAAAAAAGUUAUACAGUGGGCAACUUACCAUCGUGAUGAUCCACCACCCCCAGAAGAUGAUGAAAACAAAGAAAAAAGAACUGAUGAUAUCAGCUCAUGGGAUGCAGAUUUCUUAAAAGUUGACCAAGGCACUUUGUUUGAAUUGAUUCUUGCUGCAAACUAUUUGGAUAUCAAAGGUCUUCUUGAUGUGACGUGCAAGACAGUUGCAAACAUGAUCAAAGGAAAGACACCGGAAGAAAUUCGGAAGACUUUUAACAUUAAGAAUGAUUUCACACCCAGUGAAGAAGAACAAGUAAGAAAAGAGAACGAAUGGUGUGAAGAAAAGUAACUGUUGGAUGAUGUUUAAAUGAGUGUGUAAAACUUCUACCACCAGAAUUGCUCUUACCCUUUUAGGUACUGUAAUUAACGAAGCAAGCACAUUUAGAUUUAUUUCAAGGAUUUAAAGCAGUUAUUGUGUAAAAUUUUCAUCAUUAUAAAUUUUGUAAAAUUGCUGUAUGUUUACUGUAGUGUUCAUAUUUAGUUUAAAAUUUUAUUCUGCCCCCCUAAAAAAACAGAAUCGUAUUUCUCAAGUAUCAAAUUUUCCUUCUCAAAAAUUAAAUUUUUAUGACUCUAUGAAUAAGAAUUAUUAAAAAAUUACUCUUUUUAAUUAUUCUUUAUUUAUAAGAUUUAAAUAUUAGGAUUUUUUAAUGUCAAACAUGCUUUCAGCUGAACUCUUACUAGAUUCAUGUUUAUAGCUUUAUUUAGUCCAGUCUCAUAAUCUACUCCCACCUGAUUAAAUUGUCAUGUAUUUUAAUUAUUGGUCAUGCAUUUAUAUAUUUCAAAUAUUAAGAUUUUUGGAGCAGCUGAAUGUGCUUAAGUGUUGAAACUGUCAUCGUAUUUUUAAAAUUUAAUUUUGGUUUUAUCAUAAAAGUUCUGCUGUUUAUUGUGAAUUCCUUCUGUAAAUAACUGAGAUGUUUGAAUGCAAUCUGUUUUACCUUUUUCUAUUAGAAUCUGGAGCUAAUUUGCUAAAUACAUUUAUUUGGGAUAGUUAGUCACAUGUUCUUAUGCAUCUUAAAAAAAAAAAAAAAAAAAAAAAAAAAAAAAAAAAAAAAAAGAAGUGGUGUUUAGUUUCAAUUCACAUUAGAAAAAUCUGUGAAAAUAUCCAAGUUUCUUCUAAUCUGUCUAUUUCAUGAUUAAAAAACAGAAUAAAGUUCUUAAUAUUUA